CGCCCGGUGAUCUAGAUAUCUCGAGUCUAGAUCAUUCCGCGGCGUCGGCUCGUCGGUGAGACAAUGCUACCCAAUGGUAGUGAUGAUAGAUAUUAAGGGUAGCUAUGCGGGCAUCAAUAGUUCGCUGAAGGAUUGGUUUGUGCAGCUGCAGUACCCUAACCCCCUCAUUAUAAAAGGUGGCAUUUUCUACGGGGAAAGAAGAAUGUACUGAAAGGAUUCUAUCGAAAGGUGUACUAAAAUCCCACAGGGAGCUGUCUUUAUUUCUUUGUAUUUGAUACCAGCCUUAUAUACCUAUACCUAGGUGAAGCCAAGUACUUGGAAUCAUGAAAGCAGUUGUUUACACUGGAAAGGACACCAUCUCGGUGGAGGAACGUCCAAAGCCAUCCCUCCUAGAGUCCACUGACGCCAUCGUCAAGGUCCAACACACCACCAUCUGCGGAACGGACCUGCAUAUUUUACAAGGCGACGUUCAGACAUGCACUCCCGGACGUAUCCUCGGCCACGAAGGCGUUGGAAUAGUUGAAUCAUUGGGUACCGGCGUCACACGAUUUUCAGUUGGACAACCCGUACUGAUCUCCUGCAUCACGUCGUGUGGCUCCUGCAACUUCUGUCGCAAGAGAAUGCCCUCACAGUGUACAUCUGGCGGCUGGAUCCUGGGUAACACCAUCGACGGCACACAGGCUGAGUACGUGCGGAUCCCCCACGCAUCCUUCUCGCUGCAUGCGCUCCCGAACGGCCUCGACCCUAAGGUGGCCGUCACAUUAUCCGAUGUUCUUCCUACUGCAUACGAAUGCGGCAUUCUCAAUGGUGAGAUCCAGCCCGGGUCAACCGUUGCUAUCAUCGGUACGGGUCCAAUCGGGCUGAUGGCGCUUCAGAUGGCGAGGAAUCUUUUCGGACCGUCCAUAACUGCCGUAGUCGGUAGAGGACAGCCCAGGCUUGAUACUGCAAAGGAGAUGGGCGCAGAUCACGCGAUCAGUGUGCUCCGGGGCAAGGCGGACGCAGUCAGCUCCGCCCUCGCAGUAACGAACAAUCAGGGAUUCGACGUGGUGAUCGAAGCAGUGGGGACCCCUGAUUCGUUUGAGCUCGCUCAGGCGUUAGUAGGUCCCGGGGGGACGAUAGCCAGUUUGGGGGUGUUUGGGACACCCUGUGCUCUGCAUUUGGAGGACCUCUGGCAUCGCAAUAUCUGUAUCAGAACUCGGCUGGUCGAUGCGUGCACGACCCCUGAUUUACUGAAGAUUGUCGAGUCGGGCAAGAUUAGUCCUCAUUUCCUGGUUUCACACAAUUUCUCGUUUGAUCAGAUACACAAGGCCUAUGAGACGUUCCAGACACCUUCCAAAUCCGGAUCUCUUAAGGUGGUCAUUAGCAUGUCUGAAGGGCAGCCCGCCCAUCCAAAGCUGUAGUCUUCCAAGUCCAAUGUGUUCCCUGAACUGAACUGAACUAAUCACCUGGGUCUGUACUCUGUUGUCUUUCUCAGUUAUAUUACCUUGGCUUCAGUACCCCAAGUUCGUCUCUAUCCGAAGGGGUUGGAUAUUAUUUUGUAUGGAUGUGCGA